UCAGAUUCAAGUCUCCUCACACCCUUUAUCCUCGGGAAUGGGGUGCAGGGAGAGCAGUAGUGUGAGGAAGCUUGAAGUGGGAUGGCAGGACGGCCUCAUCCUUAUGACAGUAACUCCAGUGAUCCAGAGAAUUGGGAUCGGAAAUUGCAUAGUAGACCUCGUAAACUUUAUAAACAUUCAAGUGCUCCCUCACGUGUUGCUAAAGGAGUUGUCGAGCACACCAAAAUGAGUCUACAUGGUGCUAGUGGGGGACAUGAGAGAUCAAGAGAUAGACGAAGGUCAAGUGACCGAUCACGAGAUUCAUCUCACGAAAGAACAGAAUCUCAGCUCACUCCUUGUAUUAGAAAUGUUACUUCUCCAACACGACAGCACCAUGUUGAACGUGAAAAAGAUCACAGCUCCUCUCGUCCAAGCAGUCCUCGUCCUCAAAAAGCAUCUCCAAGUGGUUCCAGUAGCAGUGCUGGGAACAGCAGCAGAAACAGUAGUCAGUCGAGUUCAGAUGGCAGCUGUAAGACAUCUGGGGAAAUGGUGUUUGUGUAUGAAAAUGCAAAAGAAGGAGCUCGGAAUGUAAGAACGUCAGAACGAGUGACACUAAUAGUGGAUAACACUAGAUUUGUUGUAGACCCAUCCAUUUUUACUGCACAGCCAAAUACAAUGUUGGGCAGGAUGUUUGGAUCUGGCAGAGAACAUAACUUUACACGUCCCAAUGAGAAGGGAGAGUAUGAGGUGGCAGAGGGGAUUGGCUCUACUGUGUUUCGAGCUAUUCUGGAUUACUAUAAAACAGGAAUAAUCCGUUGUCCUGAUGGCAUAUCUAUUCCUGAACUGAGAGAAGCAUGCGACUAUCUUUGUAUCUCUUUUGAAUAUAGUACUAUUAAAUGUAGAGAUCUCAGUGCCCUAAUGCAUGAGUUAUCAAAUGAUGGUGCUCGUAGACAGUUCGAAUUUUACCUGGAAGAAAUGAUUCUGCCUCUCAUGGUAGCUAGUGCCCAGAGUGGGGAACGCGAAUGCCACAUAGUGGUGCUUACAGACGAUGAUGUGGUUGAUUGGGAUGAAGAAUAUCCACCACAGAUGGGAGAAGAAUAUUCACAAAUUAUUUAUAGCACAAAAUUAUAUAGAUUUUUCAAGUACAUUGAAAACAGAGAUGUGGCCAAAUCAGUUUUGAAGGAGAGGGGUCUUAAGAAGAUUAGAUUGGGAAUAGAAGGUUAUCCAACCUACAAAGAAAAAGUAAAGAAAAGGCCUGGGGGCCGCCCAGAAGUGAUUUACAACUAUGUCCAAAGACCCUUUAUUCGAAUGUCUUGGGAGAAGGAAGAAGGAAAGAGUCGGCAUGUAGACUUUCAGUGUGUAAAGAGUAAAUCUAUCACCAACCUUGCAGCAGCUGCCGCAGACAUUCCCCAGGACCAGCUGGUAGUCAUGCACCCAACUCCUCAAGUGGAUGAGCUGGAUAUUCUCCCUAUCCAUCCCCCUUCUAGCAACAAUGACCUCGAUCCUGACGCACAGAAUCCGAUGCUGUGAUGGUGAUGUUGCUUGAAACCAUAGCAUGCUACUCUUUGCAGUGACGCUGCACUCUCCUCAUCCUGCACUGCAAGGCCACUCUCUGCAUUGUGAGAUGCACAGAACAAUGUUUAGGAUAUUGCAGUGUAGACUUUUUUAAAGACCAAAGGUAGCUGAAUGGUUUUUUAAAUGAGUACAACUCUAGCAUCUUGAGGUUCCAGUUAUAUAAAUGUAUUUGUUUACCGGUAGGUUUGUGAAAUUGGUUCUUUGUAUGGGGGGACAGUCCUUUUUCACACAUCUAGAUCUUUUCAGAAGUGGCAGAAAUUGGCAGCUGGGGUACUUUCAGUCUAGGUUGAUAUUCAUAACACCCCAGAUAAAAUGUAGAAUAUUAUAUAGUUGCACUUUAUAUAUGGUGGUCAAGUGGAACUGUUCAAGCCCUUUUUAUAGUUGUGAUGCACAAUAUAAUUUAAAUAAGUGCUUCUAUCAAAGUAUUCCUUCAGUGAAAUGUGUAUAGUUUGCUGCCCAUGAUGAGCAAAAAAUGAGUAUCAUUGGGCUUAUUUGAAUGAUUAGGAUGAGAUUCAAUGCCCAUAUCUUAUCAGUUAUCUUCAGUGCCGUUUUCAUCCUUUUCAAGUGAGUCACAUGCAGGGAGUGUGAACAUCAGGUGGUUUAUUAUCCAGUCUGCCUUACCCUUAAUCUGUCCAGAUAUUUAUUUACUAAUGAUUUUUUUUUGAGU